AUGGCUACUCGAGGCUACCCUCCCCCACGGCAGCCCCAAUACCAGCAACAGCACGGGCCUCCACCAGUGAGACAUUACGAUCAGCGCCCGGAUCAGAGGUAUCAGCAGGACCCACACCAGCGCAUGCCACCUCAGCGGCAGCCGCAGUACGAUCAAUACUAUGACCAGAAUGGCUACCAGAACGACUAUGGCUAUGAUCAACAAGGGCAAUAUCAAGAGCAGUAUGAGGAACAAUAUCAAUAUAAUGAUUAUCCGCAGUAUGACCAGCGAGGACAUCCACCGCCCCAGCGGCAGUACAAUUAUGAUGAACGAUAUCAUCAGCAUGCACAAGAUCGACAGCCUCCACAUCCGCAGCAAGGACACCAACAGCGCCCGAGACAACAACGGCCGCCUGAUACGAAUGCUCCGCCGCACCAGCAGAAGCCUCGAGACCGUAUCCUUAAGAAGGAACCUGAGUCGCCGAAGACACUAGCCUGGGACAAUCCAUUCGGUGCAUUUCCAGGGAAGAAAAAGGACGGCGGGAAGCCCGACCUGAGUCCUCAAUCACAGGACAAGCAUAGACGACAUGGCAGUCUCGACGCCUCACAACAGCGACCAAAGGAAUGGAACUCGCCGCCGAGACAGAGAGGUGGCCCUCAAGAUCCCCGUCCGCAAGCAUCGCAGGAUCAUCGAUGGCAGGAUCCGCCUAGACCGAACACUUCGCACGGGCAGCAUGGACAGCGGCAACAAAUGUCGCCGCCGUUGAACGGCCCUCCGAUGAACGGUGACGGUCGAUUUGGUCGCUCAAAGGCGGACCUGGUGGGCACUGCGCCCAAUCCGCCCAGACCGAGCACGUCGCAUGAUCAGAGACAGCACAUGUCACCGCCUCCGAAUGGCCCUCCGAUCAAUGGCAAUGAUGGCUACGGUCGUUCCAAGGCCGACCUGGUUGGCACCGCACCUCAGCGGCCGCCCAUGCCACCGGUAAAUUCGAGCAAUGGAUCUUCGCGGCAGGCCCUUGGACUUGAAGGGCCUGGCUCUAGACAAAGACAAGGACAGCGACCUCCAAUGCCUGGCCAGGCUGCGUCAGACCCACGAGCAGGUCCCCCACAGCGAUCUGUGACACAGCCAGACAUGUCGCAUAACGGCCCAGGACCAGCGAUGGAUCAACAGUACCACAACCACCAAGAUCGAGCACAAUACGAGAUAGUGACAGAUCGAAGGCCACCCGUGCGACAACCUAGCGACCAUCAGUACGAGCCCGAGCGAGGUCCACCUCUUGCAAAGGCCAGGACAUUCGAUCAGGGUCCCAGAUCACCAGGUAUGCCGAAUUUCGAUGCAAUACCGCCCAUGAUGGCAGAAACGCUCACUGGCCCGAGACCCGUGGAAGAGCCGAUCUACGCAAAGAAGUCCUACCAAGCUCUAGCUGUCGACUCGAAUCCAGCUCGCGCAGGACCGCCUCAAAAUGACACAACUUCACCUCUGGCAGAAUUCGCCUUCGGCUUGCCGCAUAGUAACUCGGCGCCGCCGACGGUAGGCAAUGCCCUCACCUCACCACCUCCAAGCGCUCAGGAUGCGAGAAGUCUUGCAUCGCCGCCUCCUAGUGCACAGGGAGCGAGAACUGUCACGCCGGUUGGCGACAUUGACUACAACAACCCACCACUCUCGCCGGCAGUGCCGAUUACCCGACCAGGAAAUUAUGAUCCGAGAAUUGCUCCUCGAGGAAUCGCGAAUGGGCAAGGGCGGGCAACUCCUAAUCAGCAAUUUCCACCACGUGGCGCGAGUAGAGCGGAUGAUCAGAAAUUUCCGCCACGGGGUGCCAGUAGAGCAGACGGCGCGCCGACGCCAACGCAGGCCUCUUUCCCGCAGGAGUUACAGGACUCGGGCUACUGGACGAGCCCUGAUCGCACUCAUCCGCCGCAGCCGAGAGACGUUGUCCGAGAGCACGGCUAUGAUGGAUUUGCAGGAGGUCCAGACUUCAAUCAGGGCUACGAGGAGCCGUCGUAUCAACAGACAGGCUACGAUCAGUACGCACAAAUUUCUUCACAACAACAGAGUCAGCCUCCUGCAGGGCUCCCGCAGGGAGGUCCUCGAAGUUACAAAUCCAAUGGAAUGUCUGCUCAUCCUCCACCCGUCCGGCAGCAUGCAGAUCGCACGAGUGGUCCAGAUAUGCCACCUAAUGGCGCGGGCGGAAUGGAUCGACCACCUCCUUUCAGACCAGGACUGAUGAACCAGUCUUCUCAGCAGUCGCAGGCAUCGUUCCAACAGCAAGCGCCGAUGAUGAGACCGCCACAGCAGCAGCCACCGCCUCAACAGCAACAGCCUCCACAGAUGCGGCCUCAGCAAGCACCUCUGCCAGUAGCAGCACCUCCUCCACCAGCAGACACGCGACGCUCCUCUAACCAAUCAACUGCAGAAGACCCUCCCAUCACAAUCGCCGAACUCAACCAACUCCGCGAACAAUUCAAAGACCGCCCCACCGACUUCGCCCUCGGACUCCGCUUCGCCAAACGCCUUGUCGAAGCCGCCAAAGUCCUCUCCUCCGAGAACGGCCGUGCCGACCCCAAAACCACCCUCCGCAACCGCGAGCGCUACAUCAACGAUGCGCACAAAGUCGUCAAGAAAAUGGUCAAUGCUGGAUCCGUGGACGCCAUGUUCUACCUAGCCGACUGCUUUGGCCAAGGCUCGCUUGGUCUGCCCGUUGACGCGAAAGAAGCGUUCCAGCUGUAUCAGAGUGCAGCGAAGCUCAAUCAUGCCCAGUCCGCUUAUCGCGUAGCCGUGUGCUGCGAGCUAGGGCAUGAGGAAGGUGGCGGGACGAGAAGGGACCCGAUGAAGGCUAUCCAGUGGUAUAAGCGCGCUGCUACGUUGGGAGACACGCCUGCGAUGUACAAGAUGGGGAUGAUUCUGCUUAAGGGGUUGUUGGGCCAGCCAAGGAAUCCGAGGGAGGCGGUGUCAUGGCUCAAGCGUGCGGCUGAGAAAGCAGACAAGGAGAACCCGCAUGCAUUACACGAGCUGGGGUUGUUGUACGAGAGCGCGCGACCGGAAGACCAUAUCCUUCGGGACGAAGGCUACGCGUACCAACUCUUCCUCCAAGCCGCUGAGUUGGGGUACAAAUACUCGCAAUUUCGGCUUGGCUCAGCCUACGAGUACGCCGCGCUGGGUUGCCCCAUCGAUCAACGGCAGAGUAUAGCGUGGUAUUCUCGAGCGGCGAGUCAGAGGGAGCACCAGGCGGAGCUGGCCCUGAGUGGGUGGUAUUUGACGGGCGCGGGGGACUUAGUGCAGCAGAACGACCAGGAGGCGUAUCUUUGGGCGCGGAAGGCGGCGAUGAGCGGGUUGGCGAAGGCGGAGUUCGCGAUGGGGUAUUUUGCUGAGACCGGGAUCGGGUGUACAGUUGAUCCGGAGGAGGCGAAGAGGUGGUAUUAUCGGGCGGCUGCGCAAGGAUUCCCGAAAGCGAAAGAGCGGCUGGAGGAGCUGAAAGCUGGUGCUAAAGCGAAGAAGAGGGACAAGAGGGAUAUUAGGAGGAGCAACGCUAAGGAAGGGGACUGUGUUGUCAUGUGA